AUGGAACAGUUUUCCGUUGCUUACCACGAAAGUUACGUUCGGAACUGGCGAGUUCUUGGUGCAAUUUGGGUAUUAUUCGCAAUGUGUUCUGCUUUGCUUCAAGUUUUGGUUUUUAUUCAUCCGGAAUGGAUUGGUGGCCCAGAUGGUGGAUAUUUUGGUCUAUACUCCUACUGUCCUAAUAAUGACUGCCCAUGGCGGAUAUUUAAUAUACAGGCUCUAUCAACAUCGUUUUCAGUUGCCGCAAUACUUGUACUUAUAUCAACUGUUCUUUCUCUAUUAGCUGUAUUUUCAAUAAUGCUUCUUGUACUGUUGCGUGACCGCUAUGUAUUCCUGCUUUGUUCCUGGAUGCAUCUGCUCUCAUUUUUUGGGAUGUUAGGUGGUUGUCUAGUUUACCCGUCUGGUUGGGAUAAUACAAAAAUUCGAGAGAUGUGUGAUUCCCACCGUUACAAUCUUGGUCUGUGUGAAAUCAAAUGGGCCUACGCACUAGCGCUGGUGUUGAUCAUUGACCAGAUGACAUUGUCAUUACUUGGAUUUAUUUUGGCCUGUAAACAGCCUCCAUCGAUUCCGGAAAUUAGCUGCAACUACAGUAGGUUUUUCUUUGUCCAUACUGAAUUCAUCUCUCGACAACUUAUUGAUAACCGACAAAAAAAUAAAUGA